UCUGUAAUUGAAAAUGGUGGCAAGUUAUUGCUUCCAAUGUGGGUCACCAUCUUCAUCAACGUGAAUCACGAGAGAUGGGCCCGAUUCGGCUUGACCCAGGAGCCAUGGCCCUUUGCCAUCCACUGAUCUUUAACCAAGUUGCUUUUUCUGGGGGCUGAUUUAUCAUCGGGCAAAAGUUUACGGAAACUCGUCCAGAUGACAGUUUAGCCGCCUCAGUUCUGCUGAGGCUCCGAUCCCCUUCUGUGUUUCUAGUCUAUCUAAAACGCUGCAAGCCCAUCUUUGAAGGAGAUGGGCAAAGCUGCUUUGAUUAGUCGGGGCUGCCGUGUGCAGGAAUUGUAAGAUGCGGAAUACUAGUCCAAGUCCUCCCAAGUCAAGUCUACAAUUAUACAACAGCUCAAGCUGCUUGGCUAGUUUCCACUUGAUUCCUCCUCCUCCUUCUCCUUCUCCUUCUCCUUAGCUUUUGUCUCGGGCGCCAAAGUCUUGGUCUUUGGAUGACUUAAGACAAAGAGGUUCACACAUCGGGGGUCAAGUCAUUCCCCAAAAGCAGCAUUGUUCUUAUCCCUCUUGCAUCCUCUUCCUUUUUACAUGCACCCUCCUCCCCUGUUUUUGCUCCAAACACCAUCUCCAUUCGGAUGGAUCUUACCAUGUCGUGUUCCUCCCUCUCCUUGCUCUUCUUCAUCUCCCUCCAUAUUCACUUCCUGGUGCCAGGUUCUGGCAAAUUCCUGCCGUUCCGAGAGUGCGCUCCUUUCGUUUGCGGAGAUAAAAAUAUCAGCUAUCCUUUUAGGCAUAAUGAGCGACCGACUCACUGUGGAUAUCCAGGCUAUGAGCUCGGAUGUGACGGACAUAACCCAACCCUGGUUAUGGAGUCCCUGACAUAUCGGGUAAUCCACAUGAAUACGAACAUGCAGAUCCUUGAAGUGGCAAGGAAGGAUUUAUCGGACGAUUUAUGUCAUGGAGCACAUGUCAACACCACUUUGAACUCCAGUCUCUUCAACUACACUUCCAGUGACCUCAAUUCCAUCUUAUUCUACGAUUGCGAUUCAUCGCCGAUCUUUGGAUCUUAUCCGUUCUCGUGUCCUACGUCUGGAGAUAGCUACUUUGCUCCAGUUGUGGACCUUGAACACCUACCACAAGAGCUAUGCAACUUCAGUGUCCUUGUCCCAAUUUCACAAAGUGAUGAAGCUCCAGAUCGACCACCACCAUCGGAGGACAGCGAUUUUGGUGCUCCUAUUAAUCAUGCUGCUCGAAUUAGUGAGAUCCUGAACAAAGGCUUUGAGAUCACCUGGAUUGCCAACACAGCGCAGUGUGAAAAUUGCACUGAAUCGGGGGGAAUAUGCGGGUACGACUGGAAAAGGCAACGAUUCAAUUGUUUCUGCACUGAUGGAGCCUAUUCACCGACCUGCAACGGAACACGAGUUCCAGGAAGCUUCCCUUCAAGUAUGUAUACUUACUCUCACCUAUUUUGUGGUUUUCAAUUAGCUAAAGCCGUUCAAUGAGAUGGAUUGCUGGGCAUAACCUUCCCUUUGCUUGUUAAUUGGAAAACAACCUGCUCAUGCCCCUAGAGCCUGACAAUCUCUUUUUGCUGGGCAUACCCUUCCCUCUAAUACAAUGAAGUGCAGUCAUCUCAUCAUCGCUACGACAUGAUCAUGUUACAAUUUCGACUCCGAGUUUUAAAACUUAAUCACCCCAUUCUCAACAACCUUCCUUGCCUUAAUCGUUUGAUCAUUAGGUCGGUAUCUGCGACCCCCAAGAUCCAACUGUUUAAAUACAUCGAUUGAAUAUGCUCCGAGUUUACUGUAAAAUUUCACGUCAUGGACAAGUGAUCUAGAUCGGAAUACGUUAGCCGAUAAGUCAAUUAACCUAAAAUUUAGGUUUGACUUGUUCUUUACUUGUCAUUACAUGGACUCUUGACCCCUCAAAUGGCCUAGACUUUUUCGCAGUGAGAACAUUAAAAAAGUUUCACUUUUCAAUUUCAACUGCUUAGGAAGAAAUCCGUAGGAAAUUUCUUCCCAUGUUUCCUGGCCACAUCUUCCUCAUCACUUCCAACCCCAGACCCAGUUUCAACGUUCGAUAGCCAUCUUUUAGAUUUCCAUCCUUCACGAAAUUUCAGAAGACUGAAACUUGUCUCGGUCAAAGUCAAC